ACAUUUACCCUAUAUCUGGUUGUUAGCAUACUUGCAUACCUGAUCCUUAUUGAUUAGCCCAGGUCACAUGACCUGAAAUUAUUUGGUAGGGCCUUUUUAUUCUGGUAAAGUCUUUACUCUGGUAAAGUCUUUACUCUCUAUUGGGAGAGUGUUUUUAUUACACAGAAGGGUUUUUAAGUUAUAGUGUUAGCAAGAUGCUGGAAUAUUUUGUAGGGACCUGGAAGUUUGUUUCUCAUUUAAACUUAAGUGACUACACUCAGGCUUUUGCUUUUGCCAAUUUACAUGGCUUUGGAAUUACAACACGGGAUCAUGAUAGCCUACCUAAACCUAUUAUAACUAUAAGUAGAGCUGGUGAUGUGAUGAUGAUAAAAACUGAGAGCCCUAUUGAAAAAACAGAGACCUCCUUCAAGCUGGGCCAGGAGUUUGAAGAAACCACAGCAGAUAACAGGAAAACCAAGAGUCUUGUGACCAUGGAGGAUGAUGGGUCACUGCUUCAUGCGCAGAAGUGGGGUGGGAACAGAACUCUGAUAAGGAGGAAAGUGGUAGAUAACAUCAUGGUGGUGGAGUGCACAAUAAAAAAUGUCACUUCCUCAAGAGUGUAUCAAAGAGUACAAGAAAAGCAUUUUGGUGAGCCUUAAGUCUGCAGUCAUGAAGUGUUAGGUACCAGAACAGAUGACAACUCUAUGGAUCGCUUGCCAUGCUGUAAAAGGGCUCUGAUUUUUAAUCUUUUAACACAGGAGUCAAUCGGUAACCUGGAUGUUGAAUACUCAAAUAAAGAUAUUCAACUGUUUUUGAAA